UCCCGUGACGCACCGCGGCAAGAUGGCGGCCCCCGCCAGGCGGCGGCCUCGCAAGAUGGCGGCGCCCGGGCGGGGCGAGGACUCCAUUUCCCGGCGCGCCCCGCGGCGGCGCCGCGCUCCCAUUGGCCGCGCGGGACUACAGCUCCCGGCGUGCCCCGCGGCGGGGGGGGGGGAGGGGGCGCAGUGCGCCUGCGCGGAGCGGCCCGGGCAGGGGGAAGCGCUGCGAGGUGCCGCCAUGAACCUGGAGCGCGUCUCCAACGAGGACAAGCUGGAGCUCUGCCGCAAGUACUACCUGGGUGAGCCCCACGCCUGCCCCAUAGCUGCCCCACAGCUGCCCCACAGCUGCCCCAUGGCACCCCACAGAGCCCCACGGCUGCCCCACGGUGCUGCACGGCUGCCCCAGGGUGAUACACAGAGCCCCACACCUGCCCCACGGCACGCUACGCCUGCCCCACGGCGACACGUCGACCCACGGCUGCCCCACAGAGCCUCAUGGCGCCCCGUGGAGCCCCAUGGCACCCCAUGCCUGCCCCACGGCGCCCCACGGCGACACACAGUGCUCCACGCCUGCCCCACGGGGCCCCACAGAGCCCCACAGCACCCUAUGCCUGCCCCACAGAGCCCUAUGCCUGCCCCACGGCGCCCCACGGCGACACACAGUGCUCCACGCCUGCCCCACGGCGCCCCACAGAGCCCCACGGCACCCCAUGCCUGCCCCACAGAGCCCCAUGGCUGCCCCAUGGCAACCCACGCCUGCCCCACAGAGCCCCAUGGCUGCCCCACGGCACCCCACGGCGACACACAGUGCUCCACGCCUGCCCCACAGCGCCCCACAGAGCCCCACAGCAGCCUAUGCCUGCCCCACAGAGCCCCAUGCCUGCCCCACGGCAACCCAUGCCUGACCCACAGAGCCUCAUGCCUGCCCCACGGCGACACACAGUGCUCCACGCCUGCCCCACGGGGCCCCACAGAGCCCCACAGCACCCCAUGCCUGCCCCAUGGUGCCCUAAGCCUGCCCCACGGCAACCCACGCCUGCCCCACAGAGCCCCAUGGUUGCCCCACGGCGCCCCACGGCGACACACAGUGCUCCACGCCUGCCCCACAGUGCCCCACAGAGCCCCACGGCAACCCACGCCUGCCCCACAGAGCCCCAGGGCUGCCCCACGGCACCCCACACCUGCCCCAGAGCCCAAUGGCACCCCAUGGCUGCCCCAUGGCUGCCCCACGGCAGCACGUAGUGCCCCACAGCUGCCCUACAGAGCCCCACGGCACCCUGCAGUGCCUUGCAGCUGCCCCAUAGAGCCCCACACCUGCCCCACGGCGCCCGAUGGUGACAUGUAGAACCCCACAGCGCCCCAUGGCGACCCACACCUGCCCCAGAGAGCCCCACGCCUGCCCCAUGGCUGCCCCACAGUGACAUGCAGAGCCGCACGCCUGCCCCACGCCUGCCCCAUGGCAACACGCAGCAUCCCUUAGAGUCCCACGGCUGCCCCACAGCUGCCCCACGGCAACACAUAGAACCCCACAGCGCCCCAUGGCAAGCCACGCCUGCCCCACGGUGCCCCACGGCUGCCAUAGGGCGACAGAUAGAGCCCCACAGCUGCCCCGUGGUGACCACUGGCUGCCCCACAGCUGCCCCACGGCAGCCAGGGACUGCCCCAUAGUAACACAGAGCCCCACAGCAACAUACAGAGCCCCACAGCACCCCACGGCUGCCCCAUAGGUGCCCCACAGUGACGUAUAGUGCCCCAUGGCUGCCCCACAGCAACACACGGAGCCCCACAGCAGCCCACGGCUGCUCCAUGGCAACAUCUGGCUGCCCCACAGCUGCCCCACGGCACCCUGGGGCUGCCCCACACACCCCCACGGCUACUGCACAGCUGCCCCACACACCCCCCAGCUGCCCCACAGCACCCU